AUGGCCGACAAGUACGACGCACCUAAAUACCCUCCGCCAUCCCACUCCCCGGCCCCCGGUUAUCAAUCCCCUCCACCGGCUCAGGAUGGUAUGGUAUAUGGAAAUCAAGGCCAGUACGAUAUGAACCGAGGGGGACCCCCGGGCGGCUACUAUCAACAGCCGUACGGGCCACCACAAGGGUAUGGAUAUCCACCACCACAGCAACCGCAGGUGAUCUAUGAGCGCGAUCGCGGCGGUGGCGGUUGCUGCGCCGGUCUCUUGGCUGGUUUGGCUUGCUGCUGUUGUUUGGAUGCUUUGUUUUAG